AUGCAGUCUAUCAGAGACCUAAAGUCCAACUUUAGUGGUCCUCCUCCCACCUCCAUGGCUGCCAGCUCUGAAGCCUAUCUCCAGGGCAACAUCAGGAUGACUCUGGAAGACUCCGAACUCUGGAAAACUUUCAGUGAAAUAGGAACAGAAAUGAUUAUCACUAAGCCUGGCAGGAGGAUGUUUCCGCACUGUAAAAUGAGUCUAUCUGGUCUUAUUCCGUGUGCCAAGUACAUCUUAUUAGUUGACAUGGUCCCUGAGGAUGGUUUCAGGUACAAGUGGAAUAAAGAAAAAUGGGAGGUGGCUGGAAAAGCAGAGCCCCAGCCUCCCUGCAGGACCUACCUUCACCCCGACUCUCCGGCUCCAGGGAGCCACUGGAUGAAGCAGAGCGUGUCUUUCCUCAAGCUCAAGCUUACCAACAAUACGCUUGACCAGCAUGGCCAUAUCAUUUUGCACUCUAUGCACCGCUACCACCCGCGCUUCCAUGUUGUCCAAGCAGAUGACCUGUUCAGUGUCCGCUGGAGUGUUUUCCAAACUUUCACCUUCCCAGAGACUUCUUUCACUGCAGUCACUGCCUACCAGAACACCAAGAUUACAAAGUUGAAGAUUGAUCACAACCCAUUUGCAAAAGGUUUUAGGGACGAGGGCACAAAUAAAAAAAGGCGUUCAAACAAAAACCCAGCGUGCCUUGAGAAAAGAGCAAAGAUAUCAGAUACUUUGAGUAGGGACGCUAAAGAGGACAGUUCACCAGAUUUUUGCCCAUCAUCAUAUGAUGGUUACGAUGGAGAUGAAGGCAACUUGCCCAAAAGGAAAAAUGAGGAUGCCGUCAAAGAGGAGCGUUACUCCCCAUGGGGUGCUGAGACGGAUCAAAAUGUGAGAAACAACUCUCCGGCUGGGGUGGACACCAGAGACGUGUACAACUCAGAGCAGCUUGUCCCUGCUCCAGCCUCCUACCAGCCAUACAGGGGUCACGAGUAUGGAAAGUCCCCAUCCCCCUCCUCCAGCACUGGCAGCAGCAACAGUGGAUCAGGACGCAGCAGUUUUGAGUCCAGAGUUCCUGAUGUCGCCACUGUUCCAGAUCAUGAUUCUUCAAAGCCUCGAUCACAUGAAGCUAAUCCAUCCCACUGUGGCCCCCAGCAUCUUCCAGGUCCCCAGGACUACACCGGGGUGCUUAACAUGGCCAUGACCCAGGCUGGCAAGCCAGGGGUGAUAAGCCACCACAUUUACAGUCCCUACAGCACAGAGCAGCCCCUGGGCCAGUGGAGCGGCCCCAGCCCGGCACAGUAUCCCCCUCCUCACCAUCUGACCGCUGAUUACACCACGCAAGCUGUGCACCAUGGCUAUCACCAUGGCAAUGUGACUGAGUGGAGCCAGUACCCGCUGUUCUCUUAUUCCUGCUGGUGAAGGAGAUCCUUGGUGUUAACUGACUGAGAUGAGACUUAACAAAACGCCGCUGCAUCUUGUGGCUGAUGCAGCGAAUGCAUGCCCGAGCAAGGCUGAGGGGCCUGCGAGGAUAGCAGCUUGCCACUGUAUUUUGCUCAAAUGGGCAGGUUUCAGACUUCUUUUGUUUUGAGUGAAAGUU